AUGGGACGCGGGCGCAUUCGCUCGCCAUCAGCCGCCACGGAUCGCCGAGGUCCCGAUCGCUCUGCACUCACGAUGUCUUAUUCGGUAAGAUCGAUGCCGACUUUUCUAGCAGAGUACAGCACGGUGCUGUUGACAUUCUCUCCAUGCUUUUCCAUGAUGCCAGUUAACUCGAAGUCUGUUGCUAAAUGUUCCUGCUCCCUAUCAUUCAUUUGCAUACGCAAGCGCGAUAUUUCCGCUUUAGUACUUUCUUCAAUUUGGCUUUGA